UUCCGUGUCUCUCUCCAUCAGCAGCGGUCUGGAUGCUUGCAGGGACAGAAACAUGGCUGUGAAUCUCGGCAAGAACAGACUGGCCCUGCUGACCGCCUACCAGGACGUCAUUGACGAGACCUCGGACACCGACUGGGCCUUGUACACAUACGAGGAUGACACUAAUGACUUGACACUGGCAACAUCAGGAGGGGGCGGUCUGGCAGAGAUCACGCUGACCUUUGACAGCGCCCGGGUGAUGUACGGCUUCUGCAGCCUCAAGGAUCCCACCGCCGCGCUGCCACGAUACAUCCUCAUCAACUGGGUCGGGGAAGACGUGCCGGAUGCCAGGAAGUGUGCGUGUGCCAGUCACGUCGCCACCAUCGCAGACUUCUUCCAGGUUUCCGCCUCGUCUCUCCAGGGAGUGGAGGUCAUCGUCAACGCCAGCAGUCUGGAAGACAUCGACCCGUCAGCCAUCGGGCAGCGGCUGACCAAUGGGACGGCGGCGGUGGCGAGUCCAGUCCUGAGCCGCCUGAGAACCCGAGAGGAAGAGCAUGGAGACGUGGGCACAGUGUACCAGAAGACCAACGCAGAGGUGGAGAUGAAGAAAAUCAAUAGAGAGGAGUUUUGGGAGCAGGCCAAGCGCGAGGAGGAGCUGAGGAAGGAGGAGGAGAGGAGGAAGGCGGCGGAGGAGCGGCAGCGCUUCGAGGAGGAGCGGAUGGAGCUGGAGAGGAAAGAGCAGGAGAACCGGGAGAAGAGGUACCGCGAGAGGGAGCGGCAGAUCGAGGAGCACAGGAAGAAGCUGCAGGACGAGGAAGAGGCCAGAGAGAGGUUGCGGAACCAGACCGCCAUAGCGGCGGAGCCGAGCCUCGAAGACCUGAACCUGGACAAGAAGGAGUCUGAGGUGGAGGAGGCGAAGGCCAUCAUCGCUCAGCGGUCAGGAAACCCCCGAGAGUUCUUCAAGCAGAAGGAGAGAGCCAUGACCAUCAGUGUGGACACCUCGCCCGUCUCCAUCCACAGGACCGGGGACGAUGACGAUGACGACGAAGCGAGCACAGAGCGCAACAUGGCCGCUGUGUCACCCAUCCCUAAAAUAGUCACCACGCCCAUCAAAGAGGACCUCAGCCGGGAGGAGGACGACGUCAGAGACGAGUGGGAUUCGGUGCCAAAGCAGGAGCAGAAACCUCCGGUCCAGGAGUCGACAUCCGCCAAGCCCGUGCAGAGCGUCGCCCCGCAGGCCCGCGACUCCUCCGGCUUCUCGGCGUGGGAUUCUGGGACAGACAAUCUGGUCAACCUGUGGGACAGCAGUUCCGCUCCUCCCGCAGACCCUUCCCAGUCCUCCCAGUCCUCCAAUCUGGUGGAUCUGAUGGGCGACGCUGAUGUCGUUCGCGAUGACGUCCUGCCCAGUGCCGCCGCUGCCACCGCCACCGGCGGCAGCCGGCCUCAGCCCCUCCUCAGCUUCGAUGAGAUGAUGGACGGGACUCUCUGCUCGGCCACCAGCGCCGAGGACGACCCGUCCAGCUUGGUGGAUGUGACGGGCUCCGACCAGAUGACCCUCAGCUACCAGCAUGCACUGCAGCACGCGGCCGGGGAGGGACAGGAGCUGGAGGAUGGACAGCUGCUGAUGACCAAUGGGGAGACGCUGCUGAAAGAAGGGACACAGGCGAGCGAGGGCUACUUCAGCCAAUCACAGGAGGAAGAAUUCGGCCAAUCAGAGGAGUCCUCAGCCAAACCAGCGCCGGUCUUUUAUAACAAGCCACCAGAGAUUGACAUUACGUGCUGGGACACGGAUCCCGUGGUCGACGAUGACGACGACUAACCGGCCAAUCAGACACCACCACCACCACCGGACCAAGAGGAAGUAGGAAGUGCGCUUCAUGAAGAAACAGAUUUUUUUCUAAAAAACAAAACACAAACAAACAAACAAACAAACAAACAAACAAAAAAAAAGUAAUAAUAAUAACAACAAGUCUUGCAUCAAAACUACUUCUGUAUAAUCUUUUAGAGGAGAAGAACAGUAGCCACAGAAAAAGACAGGGUUGGAGUUGUUGUUGACGACGGUUUGGAGGCUCAGUUAUGGGGGUUUUUUUCUGUGUGUUUGUUAUUUUAUUUAUUUGUUUUUUUUUUUUCUUCUUCUUCUUGUUUUUGCUAUGCAGAUGUAAUAGCUGGGAGCUGGGGGGGGAACUUCUGUUUGUGUACAAGGUUUAUUACACGUUAACGUAGCGCACCGCUGCAUAUUAGAGACAAUGAAGCCCAGUGUGCGGCGGGCAGCCCACACACCUAGUCUGUAGUGCUUUAAUAACACCCUAUAAAACUAAUACCGUGGAUCAUUACAGCUCAUGUAUGUCUUCACUCUCUGUUUCUUUUCUUACCUCUUUUUUCACAUCCCUCCCUUCUUCUGCCUUCCUCCCAGAAACACUCACCUCUGCAAGUCAGUUAAUCUUGUAUUUAGUGGAGAAAAGGUGAAAUAUUUUAUUUAUUCCGGUGUAUCUGAACUUCUUUUACGAACAGAAGAAGAAGAAGAAGAAGAAGAAGAAGAUGUGUUUCUCAUGAUGAAAUUCCUGAAACAAGUCAAACUGUGGCUCCUUCUGACCUUUUUCACUCCUUUUGUAUGAUUUUAAGACUGAAUUCAAGAUUAAAUGGCUUGUAAAUCUGG